UUGAGGAGGACACUGCCUGACGCAAACACCAAACAACCAGCACCAGCCAGCACAGCACGAUUAUCAUCGUCGUUGCGACGAUGUCGUCACCGCUGUUGGCGCUCGCGCUCGCACUUGCUCUCCUCUCUAGUGGCAGCCAUGGCAAGCACAACAAUGUUCACAGCAGACGUGGCAGCACGGGGGAAGAAGUGUGCGCUGUACUUGCUGGGUCGGGGUGCAGUGGUACGAAUAGCAUCAGUGACUGGACCAUGGCGGCUCGUAGCCUCCCCUUUCGAGUGACAAACAGCACACUCCAGCAUGCAGCAAACAUUGGGGUUGCACCAUCCAUGUUUGGGGGAGCUCGAGCGUCAGACACACCGUCUGCUCCACAGGCACGCGGAAAGCAACGGCGGCGCCGACGACGCCAGAAGAAAGUCACGGCGUUUCGCGUGCCUGACUCACAUGUCUUGCGACAGACCCACGAGGAGCUGUUGCCGUAUGGUGACUUGUCGCGUUGCACGAUUGACCGCGUGCCUGACCUCGACAAGCACACCUUCGACACGGUCUACAAGGGCAAGAAGCCCGUCAUCUUUGGGCGGCCAUACUCGGACCCAAAGCGAGGCGAAUCAGAUGAGUCAUGCCGUCGCUUCACCAGCAAGGAGAACAUCAGGGCGGAGGCCGACUGGCGGCCCGUGAUGCUGUUCAGUGUUUCUGGUCAGGCCCUGUUCCGUGGCAAGCCGUGGACCCUUGAUCGCUUCCUGGACUUUCAGGACCAGCAACCCAUCAACUACUCCACAAAUGCUGAACAUCAGUUUCAGAUCUUCAGUCGAGAGUUUGGCGAAUGGCCGGAGCUGAAAGACGCCUGCCACCACGACCCCAUCCUCAACAACCUCUAUCAACAAGAAAUGACGGUGGCUGAGGCUGGCCUGGGUGUGCCUGGGUUUGGUCUUCCCUGGCACUGGCACACGCGUGUUGCCGCGAACAAGAUCGUGCACGGGCGCAAACGGUGGUUCAUCAGUCUUGAGAAGGACAGGGUGCCCGGCAACGUGACAAACCCACGCAUGAUGCCAUGGCAGUGGCUCACCACCGUCCACCCGCACAUGAGCGACGAGGAGCGCGCAUUCCUCGCAGAGUGCACCGUCGAAGCAGGCGAGUACAUCUACGUGCCUGACGACCUUGACCACCAAACACUCAACCUCGAGCCGGGCGUCUUCGUCACAUAUGGACCAGCAGACGUUCACCACGCGGACGAACCCGAAGACAUGACACACGCACUCACGCCGACAAAGAUUGCGGUUGCGCGGGAGUGUUCACGGUCCAGCAGCAAGGCGACGGACGCCGACGAAACAGAACGCCGCUGUGCGCGCGCUGCCCAGUACUAUCCGCAGGAACAGGAGUUUCGCGCAUUUGGGGCGCUGGCAGCCUACGUGCUCCGUUCGGAGCCGAGCGUGACGCUUGCGUCAAUGCGCAGCCAUAUUGCGUCAUUACUGUACGCGGCGCAGGCCAACCCACGCGGUGCUGUGCGCGCAUAUGACGCGCUGUUACGCAUCCUCUUCUCCUUUGGCCAGUGCCACGACCUUGUUGUGCUGUACACGCACCUGGUGAGGGACGCAGACCAGGACAACACGCACAACCGCAUGCUGUUUGCCCUCUGCACGCGGCACUUGGAUCAGCAACAUCGGCAACAGCAACAGGAGAAGGAAGAUGGAUCGACAGCCAACGGCGAAGAGUCAUUGGGUGAGGAAGAUUCGGGCGCCAGUGGUUGUCUGCAGCUUGCUGUGGAGACGGGUGAACAACCAAGUCUCAGCACGUGCUCUCUUGACUGGUGGUUGUCUCGUGCAAACACCAAACCACGGUUGGCGCAGUUACUCUCUGCUAGCGAUGUGUACACUCCACUGGCUGUCGCCGCAGUCAGCCCCACACAGCCGUCCAGCCGCCCAGAUGACGCGAACAAGGCCAACGAGCAGGCGACCCGGGUCAUGAGAGACCUCCCACAGGCCGCACUCGCAUCUGCAGCCGCAUGCUUCCGCCACCCUUCAGUGGCAGCAACAACAGCAACAGCAUCGCCUUGCUUCGUUGAGGUGCAGGCGAUGGCCGACGACCCCCGGCGGCCGCGGUGGCAGCGAGAAGUUGCUGCGUGUGUACAGCAGGCGCGAGCACUCACGCAGCGCGACACCAUGACCAUGUCCCUCUCAGAGCGCUUCUUCCACCACUACGAGGUCCAUCGCGGCCUGUUGCUGCUCGAUGCACUUGACCUGCUCACUGCAGAGGAGCUGGUGUGGUGGCACACGCAGGUGCCGGUCUUCGACCAAGGCACGUUCAGGGGCCCGCACACAUACGCAGAGCGCCGCCACAUGGCCCGUGCCGUGUUGGGCAUGUCUGAACGCGAGUUUACGUUGUGGGGCAUGCAGAUGCAGCACGCCAUUGAGUUUGUGCUGAAUCAGCGGUUGGAUGUGAUGAAACGCGUACAUGAGACACUUCAGCGCCACCGCGAUGGAGGCGGCAGCGGCGAUCAGACAACCACGACGCUGUUUGCCGGCUUGACCCUGGCCGACAUCACCGCAGCACAAGCAGCCCUCAAGGAGCCAAAGCCAUCGCCACCAGCGCUCUUCCCACCGGCUGCCACUGCUACCCCUUCGAUGGAUGCAUCCGCCUCAACACCUGGUGCAGGAUCAUCGCCAGCAGCAGCGACAGCGGCAAAGGUGGCGUUUCCGUUUGAAGAGUGCGAGCAAGUUGGAUUGGCAGCAUCCCCGAGGCAAGCGUGUGCCAUGUGUUUGUUGGAAGGGUGUGCGUAUUGCCACGCGCUGGGCCGCUGCAUGUCUGACCAGAAACCAAACGUGUGCCCAGAUCGCAACGCAUUCAUCUCCAUCACGGCCACACCAACCUCCACAUGCCCGCCGCCCUGACGACGGGGGUUGUGCAUGGCCGUGCGCGCUCGUGUGCGCGUGUGUCAUGUGUAUGUACAUACAUAAAACAGAAUCACAGCAUGUGUGUGUGUGUGUGUGUGUGUGUGUGUGUGUGUGUGUGUGUGUGUGUGGGGAGGGGGCGCGAAGAAGGACUUGGCUCG